AUGCUUGAGAAAUUCGACAUCGACUACGUAGUGUUGGAGGCUUACCCCGACAUCGCACCUCAAGUCGGCGCCAGUAUUGGUCUGUUGCCAAACGGUCUCCGAAUCCUGGACCAGCUUGGCUGUUACGAAGCGUAUCGAGCAAAGGCUGAGGAUCAAGUCUACCAACAAGCGUACCUGAGAGAGGCCUCAGGCAAGGCGUAUGGCUAUCAACACGAUCUCAUGGAAAUGUGGGAGAAGAUGCUCGGGUAUCCGAUGAUAUUCAUCGACAGACAGAUGCUCAUCCAGGUUCUCUACUCUAACCUGAAGCACAAAGAAAGAGUUCUCACCUCCAAGCGAGCCGUUUCUGUCGAUAUCAUGGAAUCCUCUGCCCGGGUUACAACGGAGGAUGGCCAAGUCUUCAGUGGUGACAUCGUCGUGGGAGCCGAUGGCAUCCACAGCACUGUGAGGAAGGAGAUGUGGCGCAAUGCUCCUCCUGGCUGCUUCCCCCAUGACGAAUACUCUAAAGUCCCUGCUACAACUCUUUGCAUUUUUGGAAUCUCCCAUCGACCCGAGGCCUACCCCGCAGCUAGCCAGCAUAACACCCUUUCCGAGGGUCACAGCUACUUUCUCAUGGCGGCUCCCGGCAACCGAGUGUACUGGUUCCUGUUCAUGGAGUUGAAAGAGACGCUUUAUGGAGAAAAUAUUCCCAGGUAUACUAAAGACGAUGAGGCAAGAAUUGUGGAACAACACGCGAACGACCGUAUCCUGGAGAACAUGACCUUCGGAGAAUUGUACGAGAAGCGCAUCGUAACUACUUUGGCGCCACUCCAAACUUAUGUGUUUGAGAAGUGGCACUACAAGAGACUUGUGACCAUCGGAGAUUCUGCUCAUAAGGUUGAUCCUGUAACAGGUCAGGGUGGAAACGGCGCCAUUGAGUCAGGGGCACUUCUAGUUAACGCUCUGCUCCGAGAGUUUGACUCGAGUCCCGACGGGCUCGGCGAGAAACAAAUAGAAGACGUGCUUGCAGAGGUCCAUACCAUCAGAUUUGAACGGGCUCAAGAUGUUGUCCAGCAAGGUUACUGGCUCCAGAACGCCUUUACUCAACGAUCAACGAUGGGAAAAGUCAUUGCGCGAUACUUCAUGCCAGCUCUUGGGUCUUUCGGUGUCCUUUACAGAGGUGUGGAAUUUUGCUCUCCGGCGACCAGCUUGCAUAGGCUUGAGAUUCCUCGGCGUCCUCGGGCUGUCCCGUUCGAAGACGAGCUGCCCGCCAGACCAAUUAAGAAUAUGAGCAAGAUCAAUAAGCUGGCAUCUAUCGCUGCCACCACGCUUCUUUGUGCCUUGGCUGCUGGCCUGAUACGCUUGCCUAAAAGCCUUGAGUUGGCUAUUGACGCUUUAUGCUCAAUGGAUGUCGCGAAUGCGUCAAUGUUACCGGCCGUGACGUUUCUCGUCAACACAGCCUCACUUCUGGCGAUGGCGUUAGUUGAAUCUAACCGAGUUGGUAACAGAAUUACUUCUUGGGCCCAGAUCGUCACCUUCGCUGUUGUCAACAACUUCCUCGGGCCAGGCGCAAUAGGACCACUAGCUGCGCUGUUCGCCCACUGGUCUUGUGGUCUCAUUGUCGGAAGACAUGUGCCGGUUGCGGCAGCAAAGAUGGUACUGCCAAUCGUCACAGUCGGAUACGUCCUUCCAGCUGCGAUCGCUAUGCUUAGAAUGGACUCAAGCUCGAUCACUAUCUGGAGAAAUGCUCCAAUCAUCUGCUUCAUGCUGGCAAGAAGUCUCUCAGCCCUUGGAAACUCUUCGUCACCUGCUGGUGUCGAUGACGAGAAGUUCAAGCUCAGGGUUGAAAGGGCAAGAACACAUAACAUGUUUGCAAAGGCAGAUUUGCCAUAUAUCCGAGUCAUUCACUGCUCCGCCCUUGUUGUAUCUGCGACUAUUCACAUCAUCAACGUCCUGCGCCAUGGUGCUGGGCUAAGCCUGUUUCCUCACUACUUCUCGCCCUUGGAGCUGCACCUUUGA